CGCAGGCGGGCCAUGCUCCGGGACUCCCCGUCUCUGUGGGAGCUGGUAGAGGAGCACAUUCCGCUCCCGGAGCGGCCCGAAGUGAAGAGGAUUCUGGGCGAGACGACGGUGGACCUGAGCCUGGAGCUACGAGCAGAGCUCUCCUUGCAGGUGGUGUUGCUACAGUCACUGCUCCAAGAGGCUCUAUCCUCCCAAGCCUCUGGCUCCCGCCCCACCUCUGAUCCCUCCUCCCUUCUGGCACCACCACCCCUCCUAAGAGACCUCAUGCGCCAAGAACUGAGGCAGCUGCUCCUAGGGCUCCGCCAGAAGGCCAUCUGCGAGGGCAGGGACCAGACCCAGGCUUGGGUCCAGUAUAGCCCCAGGGUCCUGCGCUUUGCCUUGGAGGAGCCUAGGUGUGAUUUGCCAGAACAGGAGGUAUUGCAGAUGAGAGCUGGUGAACUCAGCAGCGGUCAGAGGGACCUCAGCAUCAUCAAGGACCAACUGAAUGUGUCCAGCAUUGACCAGGUUGCUGGACACCUGCGGAGCCUCCUAGAGGAGGAGUGUCACACCUUGGAGAGGAUGAUCCCUGUCCUGCAGCGCUGCCUGGAAGAGGAGUACACAGGGGCACCGCAGCCCUCCAAGGCAAGCCUAGCGCCCACCCUGGCAGAGCUGAAGGAGCAGAAGGCAGCCAUGCGCCGGGAGCUGCAGGCACUUCCGAGGCCCUCCCAUGUCUCCUCCAGCCUCAGGCAGCAGCCCGUGGGAUCCUCCAGCCCGGGGCUCAGACCCCGGCCUUGCCCCCUCGGGACGGCUGGGGUUUGGACAGGGCCUGGCCAGUGCUGCCUGCCCGCCCCACCUCCCAAGUGCUGCCCUCGCCCCCGACACCUGGCUACCACCUGCCGCUGGGGCCGGAAGCUUCAGGGCAACCCUGGGGAAAGGCCAGUGUCUACUCCAUCAUCCAGCGCAACACCCCAGGCCUCCACCUGAAGGGCUGAUCGUCAAGUAGGCCUUGGCGUCUGCUGGAACUCACCCCGUCCGCUGCUGCCCACCCCUCAGCUGCUGUGGCCCAGCCUGCUUCAGAUCUAGUCUUGGAUGGGCCCGAGCCAGGAUGCAAGGCUCUCCAUCUAUCUGGCCCUUCUUGCCCCUCCCCUUCGCUGAGCCCCUGGUGUCUGGUUCUGACCAUCAGAGCCUUUGGCCUUUCUUCUCCCGGUCCUCCACAAAGGCCUGGCAGGCAGAGGUCUCAUCCCUGCCCCGACUCUUGUCCCCCUGGGGGACUCAGACAAAGCACAGCAGCAGCUCAGAGACAGGAAUAGAAAUUUCAUUAAAAUCUAUGGACUUUAAAA